CUCUUCACACAUGUAGAGAUACAAAGUUGUCUCUCUGAUCCCUAACUGCUCAAUAACUCAUCUCUAGAGUUAUAUAUCUGAUCUGCUCCUCUCACCAAUACUAUCAGAUCUCGAUGGACAAAAUAGUUAGACGAAGCGAAGAAGAACCUUAUCUAUGGAUUCCAAUUCAGUUUCUCGACCAAACUGUCAUAGCUAUCUUCAAGUGUCUUGGUCUUCUUUGUCCGACUGCGAAGAAAACUCCGGUGACUUUAAACCAACCGGAGGAAGAAGAAGAUGUUGCCAUGAAAGACGAUGGUGUCGUUUUGUUGACUAGAGGCCGCAUGAAGGCCAGAGCAAAGAAAAAGGAUAAAGAAAACACUAGUAAAGGUCGUCCUGGCCAAACUAAUAAAUUACUCAACGCAGCAAUAGACACUUCUGCCUUGAACAAAAAGCAAAUAGAAAUUUCUGGGGAUUAAGAAGAAGUCCUGGAAUCAAAACCCCCCAAGAGACUUAUUAUGCACUAGUUUAAUACCAAUGAGGCGUUCAAAGUCGUACCUUGCUUAUUUUUGUUUCCUCCUUUUCUUAAUUUCUUUCAAGACAUCAAUAUUUGACCCAAAGGUGUAUAUGUCUUUUAUAAAAAACGAGUAACUCAAGACCAGAACUAUAUAUAUGCUUUUGAAUCGGGAAUAAUUGUUGAAGGUUGAACCCAUAUCAUUCUUGACCAAAGCAUAAGCAUGUAUAAACGACUUGAUUUGACAGUUUUUACCAAACUUUGUUUGGCUAUAGUAAUUUUGUACCUUGUGUACUGAUUAUUAA